ACGCAACAUUCCUAUAUCGAUUCAUUUCCUGCUCAUCCCAGUCAUCUUGAACUCGAAGUGCUUCAUUAGACACCAUGUCUCAUCUUCAGUACUUCAACUACCCCGGCUUCGGCGAACGCUCCAAGAAAGAAGUCAACUACAGCCAGGCCGUCCAAAUCGAUAACCGCAUUGAAAUCUCCGGUCAAGGCGGAUGGGACCGCAUAACCGAAGAAUUCCCCUCAGAUAUCGGAGCCGAAGUCGAUCAAGCCUUCGGCAACGUGGAACACGCACUCCAGCAAGCUGGUGGCAAAGGCUGGGACCAAGUCUACAAGACGCGCAUGUAUGUUGUGCUAAGAGACGGAAUGAGCUUUGAUGAGAUCGCGGGCCAUGUGGUGCGGAACUUGAAGGAGUAUUGCCCGAAGCAUGGUCCGCUCUUAACGUUUGUGGGGGUUAGGGGGUUGUAUAAAGAAAUGCGGAUUGAGAUCGAAGCGGAGGCGCAUCUGGGAUAA